AUGUCAGUUGUUGUACAAUUUCAUGGGGAGCCUCAACAACAUGAUGCUGACGAGGCAGAAAGGUCUCUCUCCAGAUCAGAACACCUUACAAAAAAACAUCUGAGACCCACUGGGAAGAAAUCUCACUGCUGCUCUGACUGUGGGAAACGUUGCAGGUUUACAUCAGAACUUAAAAUACACCAGCGAGUACACACAGGAGAGAAACCUUAUAGCUGUGAUCAAUGUGGGAGGAGUUUUAUUCGGUCAAGCUCCCUGAUAGUACAUCUGAGAACACACACAGGAGAGAAACCUUACGACUGCUCUGACUGCAGAAAGACUUUUGUUAAUUUAAUAGAUUUAAAAUCACACCAGAGAACACACACAGGAGAGAAAUCACCAUAUAGGUGUACUCAAUGUGGGAAGAGUUUUACUCGGCCAAACGCCCUGAUAGUGCACCAGAGAACACACACAGGAGAGAAACCUUAUAGCUUACAUCUGAGAACACACACAGGAGAGAAACCUUACGACUGCUCUGACUGCGGAAAGACUUUUGUUAGUUUAAGAGCUUUAAAAUCACACCAGAGAACACACACAGGAGAGAAAUCACCAUAUAGCUGUACUCAAUGUGGGAAGAGUUUUACUCGGCCAAACGCCCUGAUAGUGCACCAGAGAACACACACAGGAAAUAAACCUUUUAGCUGUGAUCAAUGUGGGAAGAGUUUUGGUACAUCUGUGUAUCUGACGAUACACCAGAGAACACACACAGGAGAGAAACCGUAUAGCUGUACUCAAUGUGGGAAGAGUUUUACUCAGUCAAGCGCGCUGAUAGUACAUCUGAGAACACACACAGGAGAGAAACCGUAUAGCUGUACUCAAUGUGGGAAGAGUUUUACUCAGUCAAGCGCGCUGAUAGUACAUCUGAGAACACACACAGGAGAGAAACCUUACGACUGCUCUGACUGUGGAAAGACUUUUGUUAGUUUAAGAGCUUUAAAAUCACACCAGAGAACACACACAGGAGAGAAAUCACCAUAUAGCUGUACUCAAUGUGGGAAGAGUUUUAUGCAGUCAUGUGGCCUUAUAGUACAUCUGAGAACCCACACAGGAGAGAAGACAUAUAGCUGUGAUCAUGUGACAAGAGAUACUCUGAUAAAAUAUCUCUGAUCAAACAUCAGAAAAUACAUACAUGAAGGAGUUGUUUCAUGAUAUCAAUGAAAUAAUGUCAAAAUGUACAAUGUUUUAACAUUGUAGUAGGAGUAUUUUAAUUAAUAUCAUAAUGUAGAACCCUAAACGUUUCCCCCUGUUCAAUUUAUUUCAGCAUGAUAUGGAUAUUAGCCUCUUGAAAAAAUCCAGGCUCUGAAUUGAAAGAGUAUUUAUGUGAUUUAACAAAAAGUGAAAGAAAAAAAAGUUGUGUUACACUUACCUUGUUGGCGACCCACUUGAAUCAAAAUGCAACACUU